CACUACACCUGCCGUCUCCUCCUAUUCACUCCACCCACCUCGCCGGAAUGCUCGCCGUCGUCUUCUCCUCCGGUCACCGCCUCCUCCCCCUCCCCGUCCUCCCCGGCACAUUCACCACCCCUCCUCCUCCUCCUCCUCCUCCUCUCCUAUCCCCUCGCCGUCCUCUGCUCGCCCCUCGCCGGCGCCGCUGCCUAUGCGGCGGCGGCGGUGGCGGCCUCCUCCUCCUUCGCGCCGUCGCCGCGAGGCGCGCGGGCAUCGUGAUCGACGUCGACGAGGUGGGCGAGGUCGGCGACCGCGACCUCCCCGUGGACGUGUCGUUCACCCGGAGGCUGCCGCCGGUGCUCACCCUCGGGGACGGCCUCGCCGCGCUGCGGCGGGCCGGGGAGGAGGUGAAGGCCUGCCCGCCUGCCGCCGCCGCGAGCGGCGUCAUCCGGUUCGAGGUGCUUGUUCCACCCAGUACGAAGGCGCUCAAAUGGCUGUGCACACAGUUUAAGAGAUCAUCAUUGUUUCCUCAGUUUUAUUUGUCGAGGAAGCAAACCACUGAUUCAUCAAUUCAGCUUGAAAUCUCUGGCGCUGGCUCUGCAAUUUGCUUUCAUGGUUCCUCUCGAGUAGAUAAUGGGUUUGAUUUGAUAUCAAGAUAUCUUUCGUUUAAUUCACACUUGAUUAGAGCCUAUGGAUCAGUAGGUGUUAAAUAUGACAAGGAACUAUUGUCUUUAGAGGAGAGAAUUGGUUCAUUUUACUUCUUUAUUCCUCAGGUUGAGCUGAGUGAAUUUGAUGGCUAUUCCAUGUUAUCGUCAACUAUUGUUUGGGAUGACUCCGUGUCUCACACAUUUGAGGAUUCUGUUUGUUUAUUUGAAUCUUGUUUCAGUCAGAUAUGGAGUAGCUAUGAUUCUUCAGCUACUAUCUGUUAUGAAAACAUGGUAACAAGUUACAUUGGAGAAUCGCGUAUGUCAGAGAGCAGGAAUACUCAGUUGGUAUACUUGGAUGCUGAAUUUCUCGCUGUAAUAGAUGGCAAAGCUGUCACGGAAAAGGAGAAUUGCCCAACUUCUGAUCAGUCAUUUGUUCGGUUUUCGCCGCAGUUCUUGUUUUGUGCAAACAUGGAUUUAUGUUUGCAAAGCAACAAAAUUGAAUCUUUCAUUAGGAGAUGCUCUAACAUUAAUUUGGCAUGGGCAUCCUUCAUAGUUGAAGAAUUUGUCAGGCUUGGUUUUACGUACUUCUGUAUAGCUCCAGGGUCGAGAUCAUCCCCACUUGCACUUUCUGCUUCAGUCCAUCCUUUGACAACCUGCAUAUCAUGUUAUGAUGAGCGUUCACUUGGAUUUCAUGCUCUUGGCUAUGGGAGAGGUUCUCGGAAGCCUGCAAUAGUAAUUACAUCAUCAGGAACUGCUGUAUCAAAUCUCCUUCCUUCAGUGGUGGAGGCAAGUCAAGAUUUCGUACCACUUAUUUUACUCACAGCUGAUCGUCCUCCUGAGCUGCAGGAUGUAGGAGCCAACCAAGCCAUCAAUCAGGUAAAUCAUUUUGGCAGUUUUGUAAGACACUUUUUUAGUCUCCCUCCACCAGAUGAUCAUAUUUACGCGAGAAUGGUUCUUACAACAGUUGAUUCAGCAGCCUACUAUGCCAUGCAAGCACCACAAGGGCCAGUGCAUAUAAACUGUGCUUUUAGAGAACCACUAGACUACGGAUAUCAAGAUUGGAGUGUUGACUGUUUGAAAGGGUUGGACAAAUGGUUUAUAAAUAGAGAACCAUACACUAGAUACCUAGGAAUGAAAAUGGUUUCUGCAUUAGGUAACUAUUCUUGUUCAGUAAGGGAGGUUCUGGAGAUUGUAAAGAACGCAAACCAGGGGCUUUUAUUAGUUGGUGCUAUUCACACAGAAGAUGAUAUCUGGGCUGUGACUUUACUAGCUAGACACCUUUCCUGGCCGAUUGCUGCUGAUGUUCUGUCUGGAUUGCGAAUGAGGAAAGUACAGAAAUCAAUUCCAGGACUAGAUAAGAGCAUUUGUUUUAUAGACCACAUAGAUCAAAUUCUACUGUCUGAAUCUGUUAAAAGCUGGAAAACUCCAGAUGUUAUUGUCCAGAUUGGAAGCCGGAUCACUAGCAAACGAGUGGGAACAUAUCUUGAGUCCUGCUCCCCGUCUUCUUACAUCUUAAUUGAUGCACACCCAUGCCGCCAUGAUCCUUCACAUGUUGUCACUCACAGAAUCCAGGCUACUAUAACUGAAUUUGCUGCUAGUCUGUGCCAGUGUAAUUUCCAAACAAAGACAAGCAGAUGGUCAGAUAUUUUAAUGGUUCUGAAUUCAGCGGUUUCACAGGAGAUAAUGUUUCAGGUGCAUUCAGAAUGUUCACUUACAGAACCAUAUGUUGCUCAUGUAAUUGGAGAAGCACUUUAUGGCGAUGCUACUAUGUUUAUUGGGAAUAGCAUGGUCAUUCGAGACUUGGAUAUGUUUGGCAAGGGCUGGAUUGACCAUAGUACAAAUGCAAAUAAUGCUAUGAUGCACCAUUUUCCAGGCUUUCUUGGUGCACCAGUAGCUGGGAACAGGGGAGCAAGUGGUAUUGAUGGUUUGCUUAGUACAUCAAUUGGAUUUGCCAUUGGAUCAAACAAGCAUGUAUUCUGUGUGAUUGGUGACAUAUCUUUUCUUCAUGAUACCAAUGGAUUGUCACUUCUGAACCAAAGGACGCAGAGGAAACCCAUGACAGUAAUUGUCAUUAACAACCAUGGUGGUGCAAUCUUCAGCCUUCUACCAGUUGCAAAAACAGCUUCACUCCAAAUUUUGGAGAAAUUUUUCUACACCUUGCAUGACAUAUCGAUUUCCAAACUCUGUGCUGCACACAGGAUAAAACAUAUUCUAGUUCAGACAAAAGCUGAACUUCAUGAUGCCUUAGUGAAGUCCCAUGAGGGGCAUGUUGAUUGUGUUGUCGAAGUGGAGAAUCGCAUUGUUGAUAAUGCCAACUUUCAUAGAAUUAUAAGCAUGUUCACAGACCAUAGUGCAACCAUGCAUCUGGCAUAUCUUCUGGGAGGUCCAUAUUGUAAGGAUGGGGUAAAUGGCUUUUCUGUUGGUAGAAUACAUGCAGCAGAAUACAUGUUUUACAGGAUCCAACUUGCUGCACCACGUACAUCUGGGAUAUCAGAAAGCAGCUUCUUUCAUGAAGGUUUCAUACUAAAGUUAUGUGUGGGUGACAGCAUUGUGGGAUUCGGCGAGGUUGCACCAAUUGAAAUUCAUGAGGAGGAUCUGUUGGAUGUUGAAGAACAGCUUAGGUUUCUCUUUCACAGAAUGAAAGAUGCUGAGCUAGAUGUUGUUCCUUUGUUGAGAGGAUCCUUCUCCAAUUGGAUAUGGACAACCCUUGGGAUUCCUCCUUCUUCAGUAUUCCCUAGUGUUAAGUGUGGUCUAGAGAUGGCUAUUCUUAAUUUGCUGGAGUCACAACGAAUAGAUAGAUCCUAUGGUAUUUUUACUGGCUCCAAUGUGGUCGAAUAUAAUCAGAGCAGCACUGCAAACAUACAGAUAUGUGCACUCGUAGACUCCUGUGGCACUCCAAUGGAUGUAACACUUGCUGUUGUCAAACUUGUUGCUGAAGGUUUCACCACCGUUAAACUGAAGGUUGGGCGUCGCGAAAAUCCCGCUGAAGAUGCAGCUGUUAUUCAAAAAGUAAGGGAAAUUGUAGGAUACAAGAUCAAUAUCCGUGCUGACGCAAAUAGGAAAUGGACAUAUGAACAGGCAAUUGAUUUUGGAUCCAGGGUAAAAGGCUUAUGUUUGCAAUACAUCGAGGAACCAGUGGACUCUGUAAAUGACAUCAUCAAGUUCUGUGAAAAUAGUGGCUUGCCUGUUGCACUAGACGAGACUAUCGACAACCUUACAGGGGAUGUAAUCCCUAAGCUACAUCAAUUUUCACAUCCAGGAAUAGUUGCUCUUGUUAUAAAACCCAGUGUUGUUGGUGGCUUUGAGACUGCAGCUUAUAUAGCAAAAUGGGCUCACAUGCAUGAUAAGAUGGCUGUCAUCAGUAGCACCUAUGAGAGUUCUGUAGGUUUGGCAACCUAUAUACAGUUUGCACAUUAUGUUGACAGACAAAAUGACAUAACAUCCAGAAUAAAGAACAGAGGUUCUUGUGGAAAUGUGGCACAUGGACUUGGAACAUACCAAUGGUUAAGGGAAGAUGUUUCAGAUCAAAAGUUAAAAAUCCAUGCGCCACCACUUGGUGAUGGAAUCAGAGCUUCGGCAGAAGAUGCCCAUGGCUAUCUCCAGCAUUUAGUUAUAAACGACAAGAAGAUAGAAAGAACUUAUAGUGAAGAAAAAUUGAGGUCAUAUUUCAUCCAAGUUGAUGGGGAUAAUUUUUCUUAUCAAGUCAAGCUUCAAGAGGGUGGUGAUUGCACACAUGAAAAGGUUAUUCUCUUUCUUCAUGGAUUUCUUGGUACGAGUGAAGACUGGGUUCCAAUGAUGAAAGCUCUCUCUCCUAGUGCACGGGUUAUAGCUGUCGAUCUUCCUGGCCAUGGCGAGUCCGAAAUUCUACAGCAUGAUGUUGAAAACUCCAACCAAAUCUCCUUUUCAGUUCAAUCAGUUGCAGAUUUGUUACUGAAGUUGAUAAGAAAUAUAACUGAUGGAGCGGUGGUUGUUGUUGGCUACUCAAUGGGUGCAAGGAUUGCACUACACAUGGCAUUAAAUCAAAACCACAAGGUAAAUUUCUCGACAUUGUACCUUUUGUGUUUAUUUCUUUAUUUUUAUGAUUCUAACGCAGUCCCGUUAAGACAGAUAAGUGGAGCUGUUAUAAUUUCGGGUAGUCCUGGAUUGAGAGACGAGGCAAGUAAAAGACGUCGUAGUGCUAUUGAUAGAUCAAGAGCCCACUUCUUGUCUUCUUGUGGACUGGAAAAUUUUCUCGAGACGUGGUACUCUGCGAAAAUGUGGGCCAGUUUACGAGAACAUCCUAAAUUUGAUUCUCUAGUGAGGACACGAAUGAAACACAAUAAUAUCAAAGCUCUAUCUAAGGUUCUCGCUGACUCAAGCAUAGGGACGCAAAAGUCCCUGUGGGAAGAUUUGAAGCACUUGAAGAGCCCUCUCCUCAUCGUCGCAGGUGAAAAGGACCCAAAAUUCAAAGAGAUAUCGCAGCAAAUGUGCAGGGAGAUAAGAAAGCACAAGGAUCGCGAAUCCGAUGGUCUAUGUGAGAUGAUCAUUAUUCCAGACAGCGGCCACGCCGUGCACGUUGAGAACCCUCUUCCUUUAGUUAGAGCAAUCAGGAAGUUCUUGGUAAGGGAUAUACCAGACGUGAUAUCCAAGUAGAUUACGAAAUGGAAUUAUCUAUGUAGAGGAGUUCAAGUUACAGCGAUAGCCAGAGACAGCAGAGCAGACCAACUCUUUGGUGCGGAUGGGUGCGGCAGUUCUGGAUGCUAUUCUGCCGCCGGUAGUCUCACCUACACCAGCCCGGGAACUAUUCUCAUUGUGGACUGGUGGGGGAGGAUUAAAGAUUAGAUCCAGAGAGAAGGGAUGUGACUCCAUUAUCAUGCAAAGUUCCUAACCAUGUGACAGACUUGGUAAGGAAAGAACGCAAUGCGAGGGUCUUCAGAGAUGAAGAUUCUUCCCUCCAACGAGUAGCAGGAAAAAUCAUCAUUGAUGAGCUUCACGUAUAGCGGUAUAGGAGUACUUGUGAGGACGAAUUCUAGGAGUACUUGUGUGCUGCAGCAUUGUCCCGAGCUGUACAGUGCUCUUUUCAUAUUUUGCUGCUCUGUAUAUGCUGUUGCCUGUUGGUUAGUUGCCACUCUCUCUCGCCGUGACCCUUUUUUAUUAAUACAAAAUGAUAUGCAAGUCCUAUGCAUAUCCGUGAAAAAAACAUGUUGGCCAGCUUCACAUCCGAGCUGAGCUCCUGACACAGUGACACUACUGGGGAACCCUUUGCAAACCGAGAUAUCUAAUCCGGGACUAAGAUAUCUCGAAUGGUGUUGUCAAUCGGGACUAAAGGUAUUUUUUUCCUUUUUUUUCAUUGUUUAUUACUACUUGCAUAUUACCCAAAUCCGAUUGAACGUACAUACUCAACAACAAUUUGAUACCACAGAUUGAAUGAACAUAUUCAACAACAAAAUCAUACAUAACUCAUUGCUAUGCACAACUCCUAGGCUGUGUUUGUAUAACGAUGCGUUUUUUACAAAAAGUUUCUAUACGAAAGUUGCUUUAAAAAAUCAAAUUAAUUCAUUUUUGAAAAAAAUAGCUAAUACUUAAUUAAUAACGCGCUAAUAAACCGCUCCGUUUUCCGUGUGAGAGGGAUUAGUUCCCAUCACUGGAAUCCGAACACAUCCCUAGUCUCACUUGCAAAAAGGGGACUAAUUUGCAGCUACACUUCUUCAAACAGAAGAUUAAUUAUAUACAUGAACAUUAAUUCUGAACUACAGUCCUUCAGAAAAUAAGAAAAAGAGAAGAGAAGAACAAAGAAAGAAGGAGAGCUCCUGGCCGCGCUCGCCGCGAUGCUGUUCGUUCGCGCCAUCGCCGGCCCGGGCCCGGCGCUCCUCCCUCCUGUCAAGGACGAGGAUGCCGACGGCGAUGGCAACCCGGAGGCCAGCGGGGAAGGAGGCGGAGUGCCUCCGGUGACGAUAAGGUGGGCCCGCAUCACCUGUGCCGCCUCCCACCCGCCGACGCCUGCCACCGCCCGCUGCUGACGCCGCCGACAGAGGGGAAGGGGAGGAGGGGAGAGCGGUGUCGCCGCUUGCCGCCCGCUGCUGACGGAGAGGGGAGGGCGCUGUCGCCGCUCGCCGCCCACUGCCGACACUGCGACGGCAGAGACGGGAAG